AUGAUGGUAGACGGCGAGUCGCUGCACCUGACGCGUGUCGGCAUCGUGCGUCUCGAGGUUCUCGCGCGUGGCGCGGACGCGGUCGUGACGCUCACGGAUGUGUACAUGGAGCCACGACUGGAAAAGAACAUCGUGCAGUACGGCAAGCUUGAGAACAAAAUAUUUGCCCUUGUGCACGACGGCGACAAGAUCUAG